AUGCCGGCCCCGGGGGGUGCCCGCUACGCUCGAGAGGAUCUGAACCUUCUCUCCUAUAAUGUCCACGGAUUUAACAUCCGUGAGACACGAUCUGGACUACAAGACCUGAAACGAUACCACGCAUCAGUGGCAUUCAUCCAAGAAACAAACUUUCUAGCACACCGAGCGCCAUCCCUGAGGGACCGGAACUUCCCGUUGGGAUUCUUUAGCAACAACCCGCAAUGUCGCACCCUUGGAGUGGGCAUUCUGUUCUCCAGAUGGAUCCACUUCACGGAACAGGACAUGCUCCGAUGCCCACAGGGCAGGUACAUCUUCACGAAAGGUACCAUCCACGACCAGACAUAUACAUUUGCGAACAUAUAUGCUCCGAAUUUCAGACAAUACCAUAUUCUUCCCACAACCCUUGCCACCUUGGCGAGGUUCGGGAAGGCACCCUGAUCGUGGGUGGGGACCUCAACCUCCCUCUGCACCACAAAAAUACCUUCACAGAUCACACCCCGACGCUCCCCAACAGACACGUGAGGACACUUCAGUUACUACACCACCACCAGCUCACGGACUGCUGGAGAGCACUGAACCCAAAGGCGAGGGACUACGUGUUUUUACUCCACGACCCAUGCCUCCUACAUCCUCCUGCCCUACCGCCACCUGA